AUGGAGAAAUCUUCACCCACUCAGUACGAGAUGGCCAUCAGCCCCUCGCAAUCGCAUUCGAUCAGCUGCAAAUCCUCCGAGAUCAACUCGGAGAUGGCAGGAGAUGCGCUCAACCCACGCGAGUGGAGCUCGGCGCGAAAAACAUUACUUUUUGUGUCGCUGAUGACCAGCUCGCUUUUGGCUGACGGGGCAAUGGUUUGGGGCGGGACAUUGGUCACUGAGCAGGCCAUGGAUUGGGGCGUGAGUGUCACGCAUGCGGCGACGAGUAUGAACUAUGGGAUCUUGCUCCAGGGGUUUGGGGGCAUUUUUGCCGUCCCCCUCAUUGAGGCCUAUGGUCGCUUACCGAUCUGGUUGUGGCCCCAGGUGAUCACCAUGUUCAUGGUCCUUGGGGCGACUCUGUCUAAUGACUGGUCCACCUUUACUACAUUUCGCUCUUUGCAGGGUCUUUUCGGGACCGUACCUCAGGUGAUCGGCCUCCCAAUCAUUCAUGAUAUGUAUAGUGCCGAAGAAUGGCCCCGGAUGAUCAAUAUCUGGGGUACAACCUUCCUGGUAGGACCGUUCCUGGGUCCCGCGAUUGCAGGGUACAUAGGUGCUGCAACCGACUGGCGCACUUCCUUCGGAGUUUUGACUGCCAUCUACGGCCUUUCAACCAUACUGGUGAUCAUAUUCGGUUACGAAACUUACUAUAUGCCCGGAAACAAGGCUCGUCGUUCACGCUUUGCGGCCUACUUCGGGAUCGGUAACACAGGCCUACCCAAAGGAUCGACGUUGCUCUACUGGUGUCGUAGCAUCGUGGUCCAUGUGUUCAAGUUUCCGUUGCUGAUGACUGGAAUGACUAUAUUGGUGACCUUCACGUGGCCAAUUGGAAUCACCACCACGAUCGAUUCAUUCCUACAUAGCCCACCCUACCUCUUUGACACCAUCGAGGCGUCUUCAAUGAGAUUCGCGGGUGUGAUUGGAGCUCUGUGUGGUUGGGCUUUUGGACACUUCUUCAACGACUGGAUCUUCAAACGCCAUCACUCGAUCUGGAGAACCGAGCUCCGUCUUCAUGGAGUGUGGUUUCCCAUUGGUAGUAUGGCAUGUGGUCUGCUUACCUAUGGGUUAACAAUGCACUUCGGUAAACAUUGGAUUGGGAUUGCCGUUGGGUGGGUGAUGGUGAACAUUGGCAUGGUGGCGACCAUUGUCGCCAUCUCGGCAUAUGCUUUGGAAAAAUAUCCGGAGCAGGCGACUUGCGUGUCAGCCAUUUUGAACAUGUGGCGUACCUGCGGUGGGUUUGCAGUUGGAUAUUUUCAGCCUGCGUGGAUCGGGCGAAAUGGACUUGGACUGGUGUUUGGAAUCCAGGCUGCUAUUGUCGUUACAGCGGCUGUUUUGACUAUUACCCCUGUGUUAUUAUGGGAGCAGAAGAGGCGAUCACGAUCCGUGGCUGGCGACGCUUGA